AUGCCACUGCUCGUCGUGCCGCCCAACACGGUGGCAGCUUUACAGGCCAUCCUCGCACGCGACGAUGUGCCGCCAUCUCUUCGUGACGAUCUCCAAGCCGCGCUUCGCCCAGCACCCUUACAUGGUGCAACGCCGGCCGAUUUGUCGGUCACCGAGACAUGUCUCCCACACCAAGUAUUGGUCGACGUGGCCCAUUGGGCACAAACCAAAAACGAGCCAACCCUGGCCUUGUCGGAACUUGUACGUGGCACCUCGCUGUAUUUCAAGCCCCCACCUGUGUACCAACGCCCCCCUGAAUUGGAUGCCUCGUUGGAAGCGAUUCAACGUGCGCACGAUGAAAAGGAAUAUGCACGUAUGACUGCCGCACCGCCGCCAGCUGCUUGGAAGGCGACUACAUUGGCGACGCUCUACCCACCGUCACGCGAAGCAGCGCAAGCGGAACGUGUGGCUUGGCGUCAAACACGCGCUCAAAUGAGUGCCGUUCUUAACAUUAUGCUGAGUAUGGGUGCCGUAGCUACGGCUGCAUGGUGGGCAGGCGGCACAGCCAGUCCCAUCUGGGUACGUUGGCAGUCCAUGAAAAGCUGA